AUGCUGAUCGCAGUAGGCUCAAUGUGGUCUGAUGAGUUCAGUCUAUCACAGUCUCAAUUGAAUUCACAGUCCCCAAUUUCGUUCCAAGACUCAGAUCCGGCUCCCACAAAAGCCAUCCAUCCCAAUUCUCGAAAUGCAUCCAAUCCCUUUGACAUACUAUACGACAAGAAGAGAGAGACUGAUGAAAAUCCUAGGAGACUCACGAAGUCUCCCAGUUACAUUCAAAUUGAGCAAGAAAUCUUUUCAGGGUCUCCCACCCGGGCCACAGGAGUGUCUCGAGCCCAUAAUGAUACUUCAAGGGCCGACAAUGGCCACUACUUGAGUGCUCCUCCACCUACAGUGACAGUCAUCAAUGAUGGUUCGUUGAGAAGAGGAGGGCUGGGCAUAUCACCUCAAGUAUCGAUACGGCGCCGAACAGGCAACUCAAUCCGCCUGCGAAACAAAAUGGUCCACCGUGAAGACCUCAAAGACGAUUCCAUGUCGGUAUUCUCAGUAGUUUCGUCCAAGAAGAAGAAAAGAAGAAGAAACGGACUCUCUUUCGUGUUUCCAAUUAAGAGGAGAACGUCAUUCAAAUACACUCCUGUUUCCACCAGUGCAAAUAAACGCAGCUUCGAGACUCAGCGGGGUGUCGAUGAGUACUUCAUGAUCAACAAUAUCGCAGCCAUCAUGAGAGACAUGCUACCUAGGAAAUUAAAAACAUUCGAGUUUAAGGGACUCACUAAGGUGGAUCCUGUCCUACAUUCAAAGAUAGAGCAUUUUGCUAUUUCUCGUGCAGCAAACUUCACUAUGGUCCCUGACCAAAUCCAGUUAUCUGCUCCAGUUCCUACUCUCCAGGGCACGAAAGUAUCAAUGCAGACCAAACGGCUCUCCAUGGCACAGUUGGAGAAAACACCAUCUGCAACAUUAUCGGAGAAGGAAAGACGCCAGAUAUUCAUUAGCACCGUCACCAAGGAGUACAGAAACAAAGUAUUUGCGGGCAAUUACAAAGUUCCUCCUAGGCUCCACCAGGUCCUUCCAUUCGAGGCUGACAUUUUGACUCCAGAGGAGAAUGUGGCAAUCGAUACCAAAUUGGCGCUUGAGGUCUUGCUCAGACGUACAUUGGCUGCGAAAAUCGACUAUCGACUCAAAAGAAGUGGAUAUUCUAGAGCUUCUUUCUCAUCUUCUCGAGGAGAGACUUCUGGAACGUCUGGAUCAGAUGGAAGGUCAGCAUCUUCCUCAUCAUCUUCUAACAGGCCUGAACAAUACCAAAACCGAAUGAAAGAAAAGCGCCGUCAAGAUAGAAGAUCUAAGCCCUCUUCUGGGUUCUCGUCCAUGAAUACCACCGAUUUCUUAAAGGAUAUGGCACCUUCAGAAGCACUUCCCUCUCCUCAGAUAAGUUUUGCUUUGAGUUUUGGCUCCAAACUCUUCGAGAAUGACCUCGAAGAAUCUCCUGGAAUCCUUUCAAAGGAUUCCAAGGUCAACCGAAGUGGAGCCCUUGUUGCUCCACUCAAAUUGACUCCAGCCAAUGAGUCCGACAUAACCCAAACCCCAAAGACGCAUAUCACCUCAUCUUCGGUAUACUCAGCAGAUAAGAGCUCAGGAGGCAGUUCCGACCCCAAGCCUUCAAAACUCACUAGAGCACCUGUCAUAGAUACCCUAUCGCCAGUGAUCCCAUCACCAGCAUUCUCGGAAAAGUUUGCUAUUGACUUGAACAACUUUUUCUUCGACGCAGAAAAGAGAAAACAAGAUAUGAACUACGAAAAGAACCUUUCCAACUUGAAUCUAUACUCGCUCAGGCCCAUGAACAGAUCCAUUGCAACACUCUCUUCUUCUGGGGAUAUCAACGUUGUGGAUAAAUUCAAUUCAGAUAACUCGGACUCAAGUCAUUUCGGAAAGCAGACCGAGAAUGAGCAGCUGUCCUUCAUUAGUUCAUACCAUAGAAGCAAAAGAGGAUCCAGAUCUACGACGAGGACCUCCAUCAUUCACAGUUUGGAUAAUUUGGCCAACUCUGUCAAUGAGUAUUUGGUCAACAAUGGAGGUUUACACUACAUUACCGUUACUUCUAACGAAGACACACCGCAAAUUUCUCCCGAAAAACUCACUUCUAGUUCUAUUUAUUCCGGGUCGUACGAUGCCUCGACUCGUGACUUAUACGGGGCACAAAACUCGAUUGAUCUGAAGUCUGCAAACACUCGUGGAGCUGUGCAGCCAAAUGAUCGAGCUCAGAAUUUCAAUCAGCACUACUCACUAGAGAACAUUUUGCAGAAUCUUCAAAGAGAAAAACAAUAUGAAAGUGAUCUCUUAGGACUCACAUAUGCAUCCACAAGCAAGAGCAUGGUUCAGAAUCGCUCGGCCAGUAAAGAACAUCAUUCAAUGGGAGGCUCGAUCCAUGAUGGAUACACCGAGACCUCAAUCUCUACAAAUUCCCCCUCCAGUGUUUACAGCUCAAUUGCUCCACUAAGCACUGUUCGAAACAAUGAAAAAACAAAGAGUGACAUGACAAUUCAAUAA